AUGUAUGUUCGCAACAUCCUUUUGGGUGGCGCGGCCACCCUGAGCGUUAGUGCUAUGCUCGUUGUUCCCGAAAUGGAGCCCCAGAUGGAAGUGGACACUAUUGAGGAUGGUUUUGUCAAUGUUAUCCCUUCCACAGCUGGGGAUAAACUCUAUGUCGGCCUUGCCUGCAAUGACUGUCCCUUCAGGGAGGUUGAUGAAGAGUCCGGUGAUGUCAGCUGGACUGAUGGAAAGCCGUCUAACCUGCUCCUUGAUUUCGAAAUCAGCGAGAACCGCCUAAUGGCUAACGACCGCCAAAUAUUCCCUCCUGUUUCCCCCAACCCCAUCUACACUGUCCAGGAGCUCGAGGAUGGCCAAACAUCCGAGUUUAUGCCGGUCGGCUACGCCCUGGAGGUGAUGCCUCUGCACACACCUUUAGAGGCGGAGGGUGCUGAGCUGCUUGAGGUCCGUUUCACUAUUCUCGACCUGGAGAAUCACCCCGUGCCCGUCGACACCGUCGCUAUCACUCUUAUCCAAGAAUCGACUGGCGACCUGCACAUUGCCAAGGCCAACGUUGAGAAGACCGCUCCUCCCGAGGCUCUGUCUUGGAAGCAGUGCCAUGGUUCGCCCAAAUGCCUGCAAGAACUCAUCGUGUCUCGUGUCCGGGGCCUCCUGGCUUCUGCCAAGAACCGCUUCAUGGGUCUAGCCCACAAGGCCGGCCGCAAGGGAUGCCACGGCAAGCCCAAGGGCCUCGAAGGCAUGAUGGAUGGUCCCCAUGAUGGACCUGGCUUCGAGGGAAUGCCCCCGCCGCCUCCAGCCUUCGGUGAUUUCGACGGCCCUGAGGGUGACCACCCUCCUCCUCCUCCUCACCACCACCACCACGACGGCCCCGAGGGUGACCACGAGUUUCACCGCGGUCCCCAUCAUCAUAACAAUACCGAGGGUGACCGCGAGCCUCACCACGGUCCCCACCACGGCCACCACCACGGGGGUCCUAUCUCUCACACCUUCUCCCGUGUUAUCCGCUUCAUUAUUGUGCCUGCUAUCCUGGGUGUCCUGGCUGGUCUGACCGCUUGUGCUGUCGGUAUGCUUGUGGGCCAGGCUGUUGUUUUCAUCUGGCAGAGCUACCGUGGCACUAAGCGCGGAGAGCACAAGGCUGCUUGGGAGAGUGAUUCUUGUGAGAAGCAGGGCUUGAUGACAGAGGUUUCAGAGGAGACUCUUCCUGCGUAUACCGACGAGCCUCAGACUCGCGGAUCCAUGGAUAAGCACUAG